CACUCUCCUCCAAACCCCCCUCUGUAUUCCCCCGCCGCUCCGAAAGAGAAAGCAGAAAAAAAAAAAAAAAACUCCUCCGCAAUCAUGGCGACGGCGACUCCGACCACCGAGUCCGUGCAGUGCUUCGGCCGAAAGAAGACGGCGGUUGCAGUCACACACUGCAAGCGCGGCCGCGGCCUGAUCAAGGUGAACGGCGUUCCGAUCGAGCUGGUCCAGCCGGAGAUCCUCCGGUACAAGGCGUUCGAGCCGAUCCUCCUCCUCGGCCGCCAGCGCUUCGCCGGAGUGGACAUGCGCAUCCGCGUGAAGGGCGGAGGCCACACAUCCCAGAUCUACGCAAUCCGUCAGUCCAUCUCGAAAGCGCUCGUCGCCUUCUACCAGAAGUACGUGGACGAACAGUCGAAGAAGGAGAUCAAGGAUAUCCUCGUCAGGUACGACAGGACUCUGCUUGUGGCCGAUCCCAGGCGCUGCGAGCCGAAGAAGUUCGGUGGGCGUGGUGCUCGUGCUAGGUUCCAGAAAUCAUACCGUUGAAGAAUUGUUAGUGGUCACCUCUUGCUUUUUAUUUUAUUAUAUGCUUUUGGAACUAAAUUAAAUUUGAGUUGUUAUCAUUUUGGAUAUUUUCUGAGUUUCUUUUGUUUUUGCUGAAGGUUCUUAUGAGAGAGUUUUUGAGACCAUCUUUUAAUCAGUAGUUCUUAUUUAAU